UCAAUGUUGUUACUUUGCAUUGACGUAAGCGGUCUCGCCAGGUGAGAAGCUGCUAAACCAGAUACACAGGUGUAGGAAAGUAUGAUUUACAGAUAACAUUAAAUUAUGUACAAAGUACAUCAAAAUGGGUCGUCACCGCAUUCAAAGGGUGCCAACGGACACUCCCCCCACCAGAAUGCUGGAUCCCAUGGGAGCUGGGACGAUGUCCUACCUGUUCCCCGACUAAGCUUUACCUCAGCCUCAGUUAUUGUCUUCAUUCUGGCUGGGAUCUGCUUUGUCAACAGCUACGAUGGUGACUUUGUUUUUGACGACAGCGAGGCUAUCCUGAACAAUAAAGAUUUACACACGGACAUUCCAGUCACUGAUCUGUUUUUCCAUGACUUUUGGGGAAAGAAACUCACAUCCAAAACCAGUCACAAGUCUUACAGACCUCUGACUGUUCUAACUUACAGAUGGAGUCACAGUUUAGCAGGAGGACUGUUUCCACAGGGAUUCCAUAUUGUCAACAUCCUCCUACACAGUAUUGUUUCCGCUCUGAUGCUAUCAGUAUUCUCCACUUUAUUUCUGAGUGUACAGUUUCCAAUGAGACAGGGGACAUUAGCAUUCGGAACUCCUCGGGCAUCUUUGUUAUGUGCAAUACUGUUUGCCGUCCAUCCAAUCCACACAGAGUCUGUGGCUGGUGUUGUAGGCAGAGCAGACCUGUUAUGUGCCUUACUCUUUAUCCUGUCUUUCAAGUUCUACACCAGGUCUUGUUCUCAAGUAGCAGCAGAGAAUGGAGAUAGUGUCCUGUAUCGCCCGACCUCGUUUUCCCUUCCUCUCCUCCUCUGUAGCCUCGCUUUGUGUGGCAUGUCUGUUCUGUGUAAGGAGACCGGUAUCACCGUCAUUGGAAUCUGCAGUGCCUUUGAUAUAAUCAUGAUAUGUAGAGUGGAUAUUUUGGGAGCUGUUGGACUAAAGAAGGAGUCAAAGACACUGGACAAUGGUCACUCUAAUGGUAGCAGUGGGACAGUUGGACACAGACAGGAUCAUAAGUCUUGGAUUACCUCGCUUGUCAAACGACAGCUGAUGCUACUGUGUGGGGGUUUGACCAUCCUUGUGACCCGUUGGCGUAUAAUGGGGUCAACUACACCAACAUUCCAGGUGUUUGAUAAUCCACAUUCUUUUGUUAAUGGAACACUUACAAGGGUUCUAAACUACAAUUACCUGUACUCCAUCAAUAGUUUCCUAUUGGUCAAUCCUUGGUGGCUUUGCUUUGAUUGGUCAAUGGGAUGUAUACCUGUCAUUGAGUCUCUAACUGACCCCCGUGUCCUGGCUGUCAUCGUGUUCUGGCUGGUGCUAGGGGGACUGGUGUUUGCAGCAUUAAAUGGUGCAAUGGACCGCGAAAAACGCUGUCUGUCUAUGGGUCUGGCCCUGAUUGUGGUUCCGUUCCUACCUGCAACAAAUCUCUUGUUCCGUGUCGGGUUUGUGAUAGCUGAGCGUGUACUCUACCUCUCCACAGCUGGUUACUGUGUUGUUAUAGUACUUGGUGUCCAGAGGCUCGCAUCGACUCGCACAUUUACUGAGGUUGUGAAAUACAUGUUAGUUUUCCUGGUAGUAAUUUUCACUGCACGCUGUGUACACCGAAGCUAUGAGUGGAGGAAGGAGAUGUCGUUAUUUGUAGCUGGGGUCAAUGUUUGUCCACUUAAUGCCAAGGUUCACUAUAAUAUAGCCAAGCUGAAUGGAGACCAUGGCAAUGUGGAAUACGCUAUAGAGAAAUACAGAGACGCUAUCAGUCUGAAUCAGGAAUAUGACCAGGCUAUGAACAACUUAGCUAAUAUACUAAAGGACAGAGGAAACCUACUGGAAGCUGAAGAGCUCCUCCUUAAGGCUGUCAGUGUUAGGGACGAGUUUGCAGCUGCCUGGAUGAACUUGGGUAUAGUCCAGGCAACUUCAAAGAAUGACUUGGCAGAGAAGAGCUACUUCCGAGCCCUGCUGCACCGAAGGAAAUAUCCAGAUUGUUACUACAACCUUGGCAACCUGUACCUGGAUCUGAAGAGGCACAAGGAGGCACUUCACGCUUGGAGGAAUGCUACGUUACAGAGACCUACACACUUUAACGCUUGGAAUAACAUGGUUAUACUCCUAGAUAACCUCAAUCAAGUGGAUCAGGCUGAGGCUGUAGCCAAAGAAGCACUCAAGUACAUCGGUCAAGAUUCACAGAUGUACAUCAAUCUGGCCAAUGUUAUGGGGAAAGCUGACCGAUACAAGGAGAGUGAGCAGUACUUCCUGCGAGCAAUAAAAAUUGACCCGAAUUUGGCAAAGGCUCAUUCUAAUCUUGGUGUGCUGUAUCAUCGCUGGGAUAAGUAUGAUUUGGCGGAGAAGUCUUAUAAACGUGCUCUACAGCUAGAGCCUGAUUCUAUAAACACAAAGGAGAACCUCAAGAUGUUGUAUAGGAAGAUGGGCAAGACAACUCGUUAGCUAUUCCUAGGAUUCUUGACUUUUACAACCUUAUUGUCAGAAAAUCUGUCUCAUCAUCAAGCCAUCAGAAUUUCAGUCAGUGAGAAUCAGGAAACUGAGACUAUGCAUUGAGUAGGUUGUAAUAGAUUGUGUAGAUGAUAUACCAAUUCAAUACAAUCAGGGAAGAGGCUAUUAAUUUUACAGGCUUAGAUAAAUACUUUACGGUAGCUCUCACUUUGUGUGAAGGCAGUGGUUUUUUAUGACAUUUGCUUCCUGCAUUCAUAAAGACUUGGAGGGAGAGAUUGGAGUUACAUUCAGUAAUGCUGUCUGUCUGUCCAUCAGAAGUCUGUCUGUCCAUCAGAAGUCUGUCUGUCCAUCAGAAGUCUGUCUGUCCAUCAGAAGUCUGUCUGUCCAUCAGAAGUCUCUGUCCAUCAGAAGUCUGUCUGUCCAUCAGAAGUCUGUCCAUCAGAAGUCUGUCUGUCCAUCAGAAGUCUCUGUCCAUCGGAAGUCUGUCUGUCCAUCAGAAGUCUGUCUGUCCAUCAGAAGUGGUUUCCAUUUUUUCCCUUAUCAGUAGCAUCAAAGUCAAAGGCUUUAGAUCUGGUGGAGUGCCUGGAAAUUAAAGGGAGAUAAUUUACUUUCCUUCAUAUGUAGGUCACCUGAGACGAAGUGUUUUGUCUGUCGUAGAUUGUGCGUCCAUUAACAAUUUUUAUUUUCGACUUCUCAGAAACCCCACAAUCAAUUUCAAUAAAAUUUUGCAGAAACCUUCCAUGGCCAAGGUCAACGAAAAUUGUGAAUUUUAUGGUCCCUGGCUUGCCCUAGGUGGUUACAUUGGCUGAAAAAAAUCUUCUCAAAACCCAAAUACAAUGUAGAAUUAAAAACUCUUUAUAUCUUUAUUGAUGGAAGCAUAUUAAGUGACUUUAUCAAAAUAGGGAACUUGAUGACCUUGGGUUUGGGGUAAAUUUACUAAAAGGGAAAUCACAUUUUUGAGUAUCAUUUAUUGAUUUGAAAAUUAUCAAAAUUUUGCUAGAAUUAACAGACUUUGACAUUUUGUGUUUAAAAUCUAACUACAAUACUAUGUAAAUGAGGAGAGUUACAGUAUAAUAGGAACUACGCAUUUAAAUAAGGCAUUAUACCAUUCAUAAUUUUUUAUUCUGUAUUAUUUUCAACCUUUUAUGGAUUUUCUUAUUGUUGUCUCAAAACAAAAUAUGGUUUUGUGUGUUAGAAUAUAUAUUUUUUAUAAUUACAGUUUCUUUUAUCAUUAGAUGUGCAUUGUGUACCAUGUGUUCAUCAACCAAUUCAUUAUAAAAAUCAUUAUAUCUACAGAAUUUGUAUCAGCUAAAGUAUAUCAACCAUGGAUGUCCUGUUGAUUAAACAGAAUUGAAAUAAUUAUAAAUUUUCUGUUGGAGUUUUGAUGUAUGUUCUUUUAUUUCUUCUAUUUAUAUAUCAUUUUGUUAAUUUUGGAUUCUAUUGUUAUUAAUUAUUGACAACAUGUUAAUUUUUUCUGUAAUAUUUUUAUACAAGCUUAAUGAUGAAGUUUAAAUUUCCUUGUACUUAUCUUACCUGUAUAUCUAUAUUUUGUAAACAAAUUUCUUGAUAAACUAUGGGUCCAAAUCUUUGAUUAUCUGAUGUACAUGUGAGUUGACAAUUAAUAGUAUUAGAAGAAAAUUCCAUAUUUGUGAAGUAAAGUAAUAAGUUAAAGAUUUGGUUAACAGUAAAGCUUAACAUAAACUUUGUACCAGGUUCAUUUUCCCCAACAUUACAAAAAUAUCAGGAAUUCGGAAAUAUCUUAUUUAAAAAUGAUAUAAAAUGAUAGGCUAUGGACAUUGAUAAAAAAUGUACUGCCUGACUCAACAGGAUUACUAAAGGUACAAUAGAUAUUAUUCAAAAUGAACUGUCUGGCUCAAUAAAAUUACUAAAGAUGAUAUGAAUAUUCAUAAAGAGGCAACUAUUUUAUUAAUCCUAGGAUACAAGGUAUAUUUAUUGUUGUAAUAAUCAUGAAUAUGCAUGUAUCUACUUGUAUCUUAACCUUGUACAGCAUUGGUUAUGAAUAUUCAUUACAGUUAUCUAUUUUUACCCCAACUACCCUGUUGUCAGUGUCAAAAUAUCCUUUUGCAUAAAUACACAAAUUUAGAUAAUACCAUAUAAUACUAUAAUAGAGCUGUGAUUAGUGGUAGAUUCCUUUCAUUGAAAUUGUUACGUCAUCACUUCAUGGCACCAGACUUUCCUUUCUAUUGUUUAGUCAUGUACACAAAUGCUUGAGUUCAGAUUGGAUAUUUUACUUUCAUUGUCUACUUCCAUGAGUAUUGAUAACAAAAUAUUGUUUAUGUGAUAAAUAGAAGCUUUCAUUCAUCUUCAUUUCAUGAGAGAUUUAGGAAACUUGUCACAAAGGUUUCUUUUUUUAGCUGACUUCCUACAGAUUUGAAAAAGAAAUCUUAAGUAAUUUCAUAAAACAUGGAAUAGAAACUCUUUAGAUAUUUAUAAAAUACAUGUACAUGUUUAACAAAUAAUGUAUAUUCAAAAGUUCACAUGAACCAUAUCAUAAAUAUUCACAGAUACAUGUAUGUAUAUAUAACCAUAUUUGUAAGACAUCUGUUUUAUGAUUAAAUGUACAAAGUUUUGAACUAGAAGUGAAUACUUUAUUUUAUGCAAUUACCUUUUUGUAAGAUGACUUUCAGAUUUAUUUGUAAAAUAUAUAUAUUUAUGUUAUAACCAUCGGAAAUAAUAUCAUUGUUAUGUAAAUAUUCAACCUUUAUAUUACAUGUUUUAUUUGAAGAAUCUCUAUUGGUAUAUUUUAUCUGGCUCCAGUUUCCAUGAGUCUGGUAUAAUGUUUGAAUCUGGUUUAGUUUUACUUUAGUUUUCGAAAAUUUGCAGAAAGCAUGAAUUUACAGAAAUAAAAAAAAAAACAUACACAUGGAUAUAUAGCAAUAAGUAUAAAUGAUUAAAGGAAAAAUUCUCUUUUCAAAUUAAAUUUCAAAUGAAAUAUUCAUUUAAAAUUUAAUUUGAUCAAUAAUUAAAUUAUUAUUGUGCUUUUCCUGACACUCGCACACUGAUAUCUAUCAUCAGUAUAAUUUAAACUUAUAUCAUAUUCGGAGAGUAAUGUGUUAGUUUGAUUCAUUAAAAAUACUGAUGGUGCUUUAAUUAUUUUGCAACUGAAAACAUUCCGGCCUGUACAUAUAUAUGUAGUUGUUUAGGAUAAAGUAAGGUAUUUCUAGUGUCCAUUGUUGAAGUUUGGUUGUGAAUGUUUUUCAUCUCAUUUUGUUGUUUUUAUGUAGAAGUUGUGAUGAAAAUGUGAUUAAAUGUAUUUAACUAUAUAUUGUUAGAUAAACUCACAAAAAGAAGCACUUAUAUAUGUAUACUAUUUAAAAGUUGAAUUUGUUAGAUUAUAUUUGAAGUGAAAUCACUUUAAGAUUAGUUACAAUACAGAUUGUGCCUUGUGAUUAUAGUGAUAUCUGAACAGGGUGUACCAGGUGUACUGUAAAGUGUUAUUUUCAAUGGGA